AUGGAUAUUCUAAGAGAGGCCCCUUUGGGUCAACUCAUUCGAUGGGUCACUCGCAACACAUUCCUUCGGUAUCCCGAGGAAUUUCCAACUUUCAAAUUUCCAGCGACAUGGAAUGCUCUUUUAAACUUGGCAGAAAAAGAGCAGGAAACCACUGCUACCAUUGAAACCGUCAAUGAACAAACACUAUCGUCAAGCCAAACAAGUCGCGAAAGCAUAUUUGCAUUUCCGGGGACCUGUGAACUUGAGGUGGAAAAUUUCGAGCAACAACAUCUUGAAAACGAUCUUGAUCUAGAAGAUGGUCAUCUCAGUCAGACAAAGAGUCGACUAGAAACUGCCCCCUUCACUGAAGAAAGAUUGGAAAUUGAAGCUGAACUUGCCCUUGAACGGACGCAAACGAGGCCAAUUGUCCCACAAAAGACAGCAGACGGCAAUAUCCUUGUGGAUUGGUAUACCACUGAUGAUGCAGCAAAUCCUCAGAAUUGGUCCAACACAAAACGUUUUGUUGUUUCUUUGAUAAUUUGCUUGUACACCUUUGUCGUCUACACUGGCUCCGCGAUCUACACCUCGAGCGCGCAGGGAGUCAUGGAAAAGUUCAAUGUUGGGCCAACAGCCGCAUCGCUCCCGCUUUCCCUCUACGUCUUAGCCUAUGGUAUUGGACCCCUGCUCUGGGCUCCUCUAUCAGAGAUUCCAGUAAUCGGGCGAUCUCCAGUCUACGCUGUUACAAUGACGCUAUUCACUAUCCUUUCCCUUCCCACUGCGCUUGCUGAAAAUUUCGCUGGCCUUCUGGUUCUGCGGUUCCUCCAAGGUUUCUUCGGGAGUCCUUGCCUGGCAAUCGGGGCUGCUACGAUGCAAGAUAUGUACUCUCUACUCUACCUUCCAUUUGCACUUACUGCUUGGGUCUCGGCAGCUUACUGUGGGCCGUCUGUUGGGCCUCUCCUUUCUGGAUUCGCAGUGACCGCCAAGGGAUGGCGCUGGUCACUAUGGGAAAUUCUCUGGGCAGCUGGGCCUAUCUUCCUCGUGAUGUUUACGCUUCUGCCUGAAACCUCUACCCCUAACAUCCUCCUGCGCCGUGCCCACCGACUCCGAAAUCUAACAGGUGAAAAGCGACUCCGAGCACAGUGUGAGAUCGACCAGAAAAACCUACGGCCUUCAGCUAUCCUCCUGGAUGCCAUUACUAAGCCGAUGGAGAUCACCAUUAAGGAUCCAGCUAUUGCAUUCGUGAACCUUUAUAUGGCUCUGGUUUACGGCAUAUACUAUAGUUUCUUUGAGGUGUUUCCGCUAGUUUACCCCGUCUACUACGGGUUCUCGCUCGGCAUGAUUGGUGUCGUCUUCACCUGCGUGCUCGUUGCCUGCUUAAUUGGCGUUGCUAUAUACUGCCUCUACCUUCAUUUCAUCCUCAUCCCAGAUAUCGUGGCGAACGGUCUACGCGCGCAGGAGUCUCGCCUGGUGCCCGCUCUCUUCGCCUGCUUUGGCCCUACGAUUGGACUCUUCAUAUUUGGCUGGACCGCCCGCGCCAGCAUUCACUGGAUCGUGCCUACUAUCGGUAUCACCAUCUAUGCCGCCAGCGUCUUUAUCAUCAUGCAGUGUCUCUUUGUCUACGUUCCUCUCUCUUACCCUCAAUACGCCGCGUCCUUGUUCGCUGCGAAUGACUUCUUGAGGAGUGCCCUGGCUUGCGGGAGUAUUUUGUUUGCGAGGCCAUUGUUCAUCAAUCUGGGUGUAGCCAAGGGUGUUAGUGUCUUAGGUGGACUAAGUGUGAUUGGUAUUUUUGGUAUGUUUGCCCUCUGGACCUUCGGCGCGAAGUUGAGAGCAAGAUCGAAGUUUGCUAUUGUGUAA